GCGACGGACAAAUCUUCUGCCCAAUAGCGCGUCCUCUUUUUGUCGUUUGGUCCCGCCCCCAUGGAAGCUGAACCAAUGGGCAAGCCAGGUCUCAGCGGGUGGUGGGGGUUGCACUGCGGUAAUAUGGCUCUUCCUUAGCCAGCGGCGGCGGCUGGAGGUGGGGUAGAACGGUCCUGGCUCUAGGUUGGUUGGUUUCUGGGCUGCAGGAUCUCGGCGGGUCGUGACUCGGCGGUUGUGGCGGAUGCCGGAGGAGCGUCGGUCCCGCCGCUUGGCGGCCCCUGGGUCAAGAUGAACGCUUCAGCGUCAGUCGGGGGCCCACUCCCCCCGCCGUCCACGGGCCCGGCCGCAGCGCUGCCUCCAGGUUCUGCCGCGCGGGCCCUGCAUGUGGAGCUGCCGUCUCAGCAGCGGCGUCUUAGACAUCUUCGGAACAUUGCUGCCCGGAACAUUGUUAAUAGGAAUGGCCAUCAGCUGCUUGACACCUACUUCACACUUCACUUGUGUAACACUGAAAAGGUAUACAAAGAAUUUUAUAGGAGUGAAGUGAUUAAGAAUUCCUUGAAUCCAACAUGGCGGAGUCUUGAUUUUGGAAUAAUGCCAGACCGUCUGGAUACAUCUGUGUCUUGUUUUGUGGUGAAGAUAUGGGGUGGAAAGGAGGACAUCUACCAGCUGUUGAUUGAAUGGAAAGUCUGUUUGGAUGGGCUGAAAUACCUGGGUCAGCAGAUUCAUGCCCGAAACCAGAAUGAAAUAAUCUUUGGGCUGAAUGAUGGCUAUUAUGGUGCUCCGUUUGAACACAAGGGUUAUUCAAAUGUUCAGAAGAAUAUUCUUCUCCAGGUGGAUCAGAACUGUGUUCGCAAUUCUUAUGAUGUCUUCUCUUUGCUGCGGCUUCAUAGAGCCCAGUGUGCAAUUAAACAGACUCAGGUAACUGUUCAGAAAAUUGGAAAGGAAAUUGAAGAAAAACUAAGACUCACAUCUACAAGCAAUGGGCUGAAAAAAGAAAGUGAGUGCCUGCAAUUAAAAAUUUUGGUGCUUCGAAAUGAACUGGAAAGACAGAAGAAAGCUUUGGGACGGGAGGUAGUCUUUCUGCAUAAAGAGCAAAUUGCAUUACAGGACAAAGGAAGUGCAUUUUCAGCUGAGCACCUCAAGCUUCAACUCCAAAAGGAAUCCCUAAAUGAGUUGAGAAAGGAGUGCACUGCGAAAAGAGAACUCUUUCUGAAGACUAAUGCUCAGUUGACAAUUCGUUGCAGGCAGUUACUAUCUGAGCUUUCCUACAUUUACCCUAUUGAUUUGAAUGAGCAUAGAGAUUACUUUGUAUGUGGUGUCAAGUUGCCCAAUUCUGAGGACUUCCAAGCAAAAGAUGAUGGGAGCAUUGCUGUUGCCCUUGGUUAUACUGCACAUUUGGUAUCCAUGAUCUCCUUUUUCCUACAAGUGCCCCUCAGAUAUCCUGUAAUUCAUAAGGGAUCUAGAUCAACAAUCAAAGAUAAUAUUAAUGACAAGCUGACUGAAAAGGAGAGAGAGUUUCCAUUAUACCCAAAAGGAGGAGAGAAGUUGCAGUUUGAUUAUGGUGUCUAUCUUCUGAACAAAAAUAUAGCACAGCUAAGAUAUCAACAUGGACUAGGGACUCCAGACUUGCGGCAAACCCUUCCUAACCUGAAAAACUUCAUGGAGCAUGGACUAAUGGUCAGGUGGUAAGUACCUUUCUCUGCC